AUGGGAAGGCAAGGAGAAAAAGGCAAUGGGAAGGCAAGGAGAAAAAGGCAAUGGGAAGGCAAGGAGAAAAAGGCAAUGGGAAGGCAAGGAGAAAAAGGCAAUGGGAAGGCAAGGAGAAAAAGGCAAUGGGAAGGCAAGGAGAAAAAGGCAAUGGGAAGGCAAGGAGAAAAAGGCAAUGGGAAGGCAAGGAGAAAAAGGCAAUGGGAAGGCAAGGAGAAAAAGGCAAUGGGAAGGCAAGGAGAAAAAGGCAAUGGGAAGGCAAGGAGAAAAAGGCAAUGGGAAGGCAAGGAGAAAAAGGCAAUGGGAAGGCAAGGAGAAAAAGGCAAUGGGAAGGCAAGGAGAAAAAGGCAAUGGGAAGGCAAGGAGAAAAAGGCAAUGGGAAGGCAAGGAGAAAAAGGCAAUGGGAAGGCAAGGAGAAAAAGGCAAUGGGAAGGCAAGGAGAAAAAGGCAAUGGGAAGGCAAGGAGAAAAAGGCAAUGGGAAGGCAAGGAGAAAAAGGCAAUGGGAAGGCAAGGAGAAAAAGGCAAUGGGAAGGCAAGGAGAAAAAGGCAAUGGGAAGGCAAGGAGAAAAAGGCAAUGGGAAGGCAAGGAGAAAAAGGCAAUGGGAAGGCAAGGAGAAAAAGGCAAUGGGAAGGCAAGGAGAAAAAGGCAAUGGGAAGGCAAGGAGAAAAAGGCAAUGGGAAGGCAAGGAGAAAAAGGCAAUGGGAAGGCAAGGAGAAAAAGGCAAUGGGAAGGCAAGGAGAAAAAGGCAAUGGGAAGGCAAGGAGAAAAAGGCAAUGGGAAGGCAAGGAGAAAAAGGCAAUGGGAAGGCAAGGAGAAAAAGGCAAUGGGAAGGCAAGGAGAAAAAGGCAAUGGGAAGGCAAGGAGAAAAAGGCAAUGGGAAGGCAAGGAGAAAAAGGCAAUGGGAAGGCAAGGAGAAAAAGUACCACACAGUUUCAAAAGUGAUUCCAAAGUGGAUCUGAACGUAUCUUCCAGGACAAUGAAGAAGGUGAUAGGAGGCUUGACAGUUGCAGUGGAGAGUGAAUGA